CAUCACUCCAUGGCCAUGUCAGGACAGGCUAUCAAUAGCAUUGCGACGAUCAUUAAGCGCCUCGAGGCCGCAACCAGUCGUCUCGAGGAUCUCGCAGCUAGCCCUGCUGGCCCGGCAGCGCCGACACGAGGAACAGGAGCAGGGGUAGGACCAGUAGCAGCUGGAGGCGAUGCUGCUGGUCCCUCAUCUACCAUCGCAGUUGCGGAUCCGCCCGCUGUCACUGCCUUUGACGACUACCUUGAACAGCCACUCAAGGACUACGCAGGCCUCAGUGAACAGAUUGGCGGCCUUGUUGCGCAGCAGGCCAAGCACGUCAGCUCCGCCUUCAGCGCACAACGCUCCCUCAUCAAGCUUGCCGCCUCGUGCGCCAAACCCUCGGGAGGCGUCUCCUCCCCCGUCUUUGCCAACCUCCUUCAACCUCUCCAGCAAGCGCUGAUGGCAGUCACCGACGUAAGGGAAAAGAACCGCAGCGAGCGCACCCUCUUCAACCACUUGUCUGCCGUCUCUGAGGGCAUCCCCGCCGUAGGCUGGGUGGCCGUCGAGCCCAAGCCUGGGCCCUUUGUCAGCGAGAUGAAGGAUAGCGCGCAGUUCUACACGAAUCGGGUGAUCAAGGAGUUCAAGGAGAAGGGCAAGGAGCAUGUAGAGUGGUGCCGAGCUUUCAUCAAGGUGUUUGAGGCGCUCAAGGAGUAUGUGAUGAAGACGCAUACCACGGGGUUGAGCUGGAACCCUAAUGGCGGGGAUGCGGCGUCGUACAAGGAGGAGGCUGGAGCUGGAGGCGGGGCUGCCAGUGGUGGUGCGCCUCCCCCACCUCCUCCACCUCCAGCACCAGUAGCUCCAGGCCUGGACGGGGGAGCCCCUCCUCCACCACCGCCACCACCUGCCGCCGCCGCAGCUACCUCGGCAGCUGCUGGAGCGGGAGGAAUGGACGCCGUCUUCUCCCAGCUGAAUCAGGGCGAAGGCAUCACUCGUGGCCUGAAGAAGGUCGACUCGAGCCAAAUGACGCACAAGAACCCUGAGCUGCGAAGCUCUGCCCCCGGUCCUGCCUCGUCCUCAUCAUCUAAGCCCACUCCGCCCAAGCCAGGGUCAAAGCCUUCCUCGCUCCGCCCAAAGAAGCCAGCGCAGACGGCUCUGGAGGGCAACAAGUGGACUGUCGAGUAUCACGAGAACCCGGCGCAGCCCAUCGUUAUCGAGGCGACGGAGCUGAACCAGACGGUUAAUAUCUACGGGUGCAAAGGGGCGGUCAUUCAGAUCAAGGGCAAGAUCAACGCAGUAGCCAUGGUGUCGUGCUCCAAGACUUCCGUGGUGCUGGACACCUUAGUCUCAAGUCUGGAAAUCACCAGCAGCCCUUCCUUUGCCGUGCAGGUGACGGGCAAAGUGCCCACCAUUCUUCUCGACUCGUGCGAUUCUGGGCAGAUUUACCUAUCGAGGGAGAGUAUGGAGGCAGAGAUUGUCGCGAGCAAGUGUAGUGCGCUCAAUGUUAGCGUGCCUAAAGAAGGGGCCGAGGAGGGGGAGUACACGGAGUUGGCCUUGCCUGAGCAGUUGAGGUUUGGGGUCAAGGGUGGGGUGUUGAGGAGCGAGGUUGUGGCGCAUAGUGGGUAACGAGGGGUGAGGGUAGCCAUGAUGUGCUAUGUUUUUCUUCUCUCAUUGGAGUGGCAAUUCAAUGCUGUCAAGAGGAG